GAAGAGUCGCUGAGGCGACGACGUCGUUGAAGGGGGCGGCCGAGGGGGCUGAGUGCCGAGGGGACUCACCCUCUCGGAAGCCGGACCCCGAGCCGGGAAGGAUGGAUCACCACCAGGCGGGGGCUGGCCGCUACCAGGUGCUUCACAAUGAAGAGGAUAAUUCAGAAUCAUCUGGUGUAGAGCAGCCAUCUACUUCAAACCCAACACCACACACCGUGCAGGCCGCUCCUUCAGCAUCUGGACAUGAGACUGACUCUUCUCCUCCCCCUUACAGUAGUAUUACCGUGGAAGUACCUACAACUUCAGAUACAGAAGUUUACAGUGAGUUUUAUCCCGUGCCGCCUCCUUACAGUGUUGCUACCUCUCUUCCCACGUACGAUGAAGCCGAGAAGGCCAAAGCUGCUGCGAUGGCAGCUGCAGCAGCAGAAACAUCUCAAAGAAUUCAAGAGGAAGAGUGUCCACCAAGAGAUGAUUUCAAUGAUGCAGACCAGCUCAGAGUGGGUAAUGAUGGGAUUUUCAUGCUGGCAUUUUUCAUGGCAUUUAUCUUCAACUGGCUUGGAUUUUGCUUAUCCUUCUGCAUCACCAACACCAUCGCUGGGAGGUACGGUGCCAUCUGUGGCUUCGGCCUGUCGUUGAUCAAAUGGAUCCUCAUUGUCAGGUUUUCUGAUUAUUUUACUGGAUAUUUCAAUGGACAAUACUGGCUUUGGUGGAUAUUUCUUGUACUUGGCCUGCUUCUUUUCUUCAGAGGAUUUGUUAAUUAUCUGAAAGUCAGAAACAUGUCUGAAAGUAUGGCAGCUGCUCAUAGAACAAGGUAUUUCUUCUUAUUAUAGAGACUGCAUCGACCAGACAUUCCUUUCUUACAUCAAUGUGAAAUUUCCAGAUCAUCUGUAAACCUGCAACUUUAAUAGGAUAGAAGACUACUAAACACAGAAGACAAAUUAGUGAAGAAAAAAUAGAGCUUCAAAAUUGAAUGGCAGAGUGGUUUAUGCUUAAAAGCCAUUUCUGUUCAUUCUUUUAAAUAUUUAUGUUUCAUUGGUUUUGCACAGUUGCAUAUGUGCCCAUUCAAAAGAUUUGCAUAUACUUGAAAGAAACCAUACAGUUGUAGCAGUCAAGUCCAGUCACAUUUGAUUAAUCAGUGUUUGAUAUAAUUGAAAGAGUUGAGUGAUAAAACAGUCUUCCAGCAUGUAAAUGCCAUUGACUUCUGACCUGACAUUUAGUAUAAUAAACAUGAAGUUAUUAACCAUGUCAGAUGCUUUAGUUUCUGGCUUUCAGAUUUAUCUAAUAACUCUUCACAGGAAACAUUCUUUGUUAUAUAUAAAGUUUUUUUGAAACCUGCAGUGCUGAUUAUUAGAAGGGAUUUGUCAGACUUUUGAACAUGAUAGUUAUAUCAUUAUUUAGCGAAACUUUCUGUAAAUAACCAUACAAACCAUGCAUAAAUUACUUUCUGCAUUGUUUUCUUAGAAAUUGUAUCUAGGUAUCUUUUCCUUAAUUUUAAUUUAAGUGGACUUAAUAUAUUUAGAAAAUUUCGAUGUUAAAGAUAGUUUUAGGACAAAUUUUAGAAAACGUGGGUAUGCCACAUUUCCUUUAUAAGAAAAUCUUUUCUUUUUUUUUAAAGGGAUGUGCUAACUUUGGGGAUUCUCAAAUGAGAAGCUUGGUUUUUAGCAUUGUCCAUCUUAUAGAUUCUUAGAGGAAGAGAUUGUAUUAGAUAUUAUAUUUAUUUCAUUUAAGACAUUUUGAAAAUUAAUUUUCUGAAUAAGAUAUUCUCAUUUGCAUUUUGCCUUUUAAAAUACCAAUAAAAAUAUCUUUCAGUAUCAUUGUAAUAUUUUUUUCCUUUAGAUGUUUAGCUUAGCAAAUAAAAACUUGUGCUUUUAAUAUCUUCUUGCUUUCUGAUUGUAAGGUUAACUUGUAAAAAUCAUUUCCUGAAUUGAGAUACAUGAAAUAUUUGUUUUCAAGUUAUGGAAAUGUGUCUGUGGAAUAUAGGAGUGUGAGUGUGUUGCGAGAGUGUAUAUGAAUAUGUAUUACUACAACUGGAAUCUAUUUUGCAUUCAUAAGCUACUGCAUUUUGCAAAUCAUUUUAUGGUUCAUCUGUCUUCUUUUCAGUUAUAUCUUUGCUUUUGAAUGCCAACAUUAAAAAUUACCUUUUAAACUUAAAAAUCAGUUAAUACAACUAUAUAGAACAUUUAAAAUAGAUUGCUUGUUUAUUAUUAGACACCAGCUACUAAAAGAUACAUUUAAAACUAUUCAGGGUCAUUUUCCACUUAUGAAAAAAUAAAAUUUAUUAUGCUUUAUAACUUUUUUGUAUUUCUCUGUGUUUUCUCAUUUACUUCAUUGUCUUUGGUAAAUUAAACAUGCCAUUUUGUUUUUCUGAGCUUCCUAUUUUUUGUUUCCAUCAUUUAUUCUCCUCCCCUGCAUAACCUUUUUAUUAUUGAUUAAAGUAUCUUGAACCCUUGAUUAUUGAUAAAGGUACCCUUUAACAAUAGCCUGGGAUAAAGAAAACAAAAUAUUUGAUUUAGUUGCCUGAAUUGGAAAUUAAUUAAAAUUAGAAUUUAUUUAUAAGAAAUGUGAGCUCAUGUUAGAAGUUUUUAUUGCGUAUUUCCUAUAAACCUAUACUUUGUAAUAGUUUUUAAAUAACAUUAUGAUACAGAGUAAGUUAUAUCAAUUUAUUAAAUUGUUGUUUUUGUGAUCUUAAUACUUGGUUUAUGCAUGUAGAUAUUGACUUAACAUCAAAGCUUCACUUUUUGUUUUGAUUUUUUCCUCCACAAGCCUGUAAGAUUCAAGUGUGUUGUUACUUAAUCCUCUUUAAUUGGUAGAGUUCAUUGAUAGUCUUAAAUCUCAUCAUCCAGUCAGGAGACUCAGAAUAUUCUUUUAGAAAACAGCAUUCGCUCCUGGAUUUAUCAUAUCCUACACACUUCCCUUCAUUUCCUGUGAGCUUGGACAGCAUAGCUGCUGCUGCGUUUUGGAGACACUUAACUGCCUUUGCACUCUGCCUUAAAUAAAUUGAAAAUCAGAAUCCUUGUUAGGGUACCUGCGAACAAUUUUUGAAUGAAUGUGAACUGGAGCUUGGAAGCUAAUACAAAAAAAAAUGUAUUACCUUAUUUCUGUUAUAUUUGAAAAAGCUCAUUAUGACCAGAAAAAUCCAUUUAUGUUUUCGUGAGAAAAAAAAAAAGCCUGAAUUUAAGUAAAAAUACAUUUUCUAUACAGUGUGUCCAGGAUACAUUUUAGGAAUUUAAAACGCAAAUUCUAUUAUACUUGGUUAAAAUGAAAAUCUCUUUUUAAUAGAAAAGAAAUACUAAUUUCUUUUUGAGUCUAUAUUUUAUUUUGAGUCUGUAAGCUAUAUCCCAUGCCUUUGAAGAUCAUAAAUGUUAACCUGUUAAGACAAUAAUCACUAAUAUUUCAAGGAAAACCACUAAUGACAGGAAAAGUGGAGUUCCAAAGGUCUAGUUGGAGAAGAAUUCAGGGUUUCUUAAUUUACCACAAUUUUUUUCCAACUGGUGUAUCCACAUAAAGCACAAAGGUAAUGUUAGUGCAUCUGGUAACUGUAUUUAACUAGAGUGACAUAUAUCCUGAGUUUUCUCAUAACAGACCUGGUUAUUACUAUUUCCUGAGCUUAAAUUGUGCCUCCUCUCUCAUAAGUGUCCUAAUUUGGAGGAGAAUUUGUAUGAUCACCCUGUAUAUAACUCUCCACUGUAUUGAGAAGUGACUGCCUAAACCUACUGCCUUGAGAGACGGAACUGCAGUAUUAGGGCAGGAGUCAAUUACUGUUGUCACAGCCUUGCCUAGACACCUGUUAGGCCUGUAGAAGAAAUAGUACAUAUAUUUUUUUUUCCUUUUUUUGUUUUUGUUUUUAAUAGAAGUUGUAUUGAAAUGAUUCCAUUUAUGGUAAAUAGUAAAUAGUGAGCUUUUAUAUGUUUAAACUGCUGUUAAAUUGUUUUUUUGUUAAUUCUUCAAGUAGUCAUGAAAUAUGUGUAUUAUUUUUUAAAACUUCAUUCUUGAUAAAGUUCAACUGUUAGAUGAUAAUGUGCCAUUUAUUAUUGAAUGUCCUUUCCCAUAUAUAGAACAUGUUAAUAUGUGUUUUACUUGUUAAUAAAGUUCAGUAAAUGUGGAACUGUGAA